UUCGAACGGAAGAAGAACGUUGAGUACGCGAAGAGUGAGGCCUAUGCAGGCUGUCACUUUCUCGGCACGAUCGAGGAGUCGCAGCUUGACGAACUUGAACGGUUGCUGCGCACCAUCCCUCUGCGCCACGGCCACCCGACCUGGAGCUGCCAGAGCUGGAUC